CACGGAAGUGAGUGUAAUUUUAUAAAUAUUCGGUGGAUAAAAUCUGUCAAGUGGUGAAGAUUUAUGAUGGAAAAGUGAUAAAAAUAAUUAAGAUUAUCACCCAGACCACCUUACUAAUUGAACAGGUCACAGCAACUAACAGGCUGCCUCAACAUCAUCUGAGGGGCUGUUAGGAGGAUGGAAAGUACAUAUUACUUAGAAAGACAGUAAUCCUAAAAUGGCUACCAAAGAUAUUGGUGAGAUGGGAGACAACUCUCCACAACCUCCUGACCUACCUCCUAAAUCCAGGAAGUCUUCCAUUAAGGAGAAUGAGGAUUUAUUUCACAAGAAAAUACCAGAUACAACCACAAAACCUGUGCCUAAACCACGUAAUAAAAGCUUUUUGAAAGUGUCAACCAGUCCUACAAAACCUACACCAAUACCACGGCUUAGAACCAGUUCAUCUAAAUCUAACAUCAGCGUUAAUAGUGCGAGUUCCUCAUUAACUGAAGCAGAUCAAUCUUUUCUUAAUAUAAGUACGGACAAAUCAACUUCACUUUAUGCUAAUGAAUCCUUUAAUGACUUUGAGAGACCAGAAUCGUUAACAGGCCAAUCAACUUAUGCUAAUGAACCCGUUGCUGACACAGCUGAGAGACCAGGGUUGAUAACAGACCAUUCAACUUCAAUUUAUGCUAAUGAACCCGUUACUGACACAGCUGAGAGACUAGGGUCGAUAACAGGCCAGUCAACUUCAAUUUAUGCUAAUGAACCCGUUACUGACACAGCUGAGGGACCAGGGUCGAUAACAGACCAAUCAACCUCAAUUUAUGCUAACGAACCAGUUCCUGACAUUCUGAGACCCGAGUCGAUAACAGAAAUAAUCAAAGGGUUAAAAGUAGAUCUUGAAUCAGAAAAUAAAACCGAUUUGAAUUCAUCUUCUGCAUCAAAAACUUCCUAUACCAAACCAUUUCCUUCAAUCAAACCAUUUACUCCAAUUAAAACUACCAGUGAGAAGUUUGAUUGGAAUGACAAUAAAAGUUUACCAGAAGGAAAGGCAGUUCUUUCUCUGUUUGACCCAUUAAGUCCGGUCAAAGCAAAUCCAAAUAAAAGUGUAUCAGAAAAAAAGGGCUUUGAUUCCUUUUUUGAUCCUUUAACUCCUACAAAAGCUGUCACAGAGACACCAAAGCUUGAUCAAAGUGUAUCAGAAGAAAAGAGCUUUAAUUCCCCAUGUGAUCCCAUAAAAACUUCCACAGGAACACCAAAGGUUGACUGGAAUGAUACUAAAAGUGAAGCCAGUUUUGAUUCUGUUGUUGACCCCUUUUCUUCUCCACAACAAAGUACUGAGGGAAAAAAACUGGUAUGGAGUGAUAGUAAACAUUUAUCACAAGAAAGGAGGUUUGAAUCUUUCCCAGAUGCCGAUUCCGUUGAGCAAAUGAUAGACUGGAGUCUGAAGCAGAAGAAUGAAGCCGUUCCAGAGAGCAAGCCCACUAGACCAUUAUUAGAAAGAGUCAAUGCUUUAGAUGAACAAAAUGGAAAACUUUCAAAGUCUUCAAUCAAGGAUCCAAUAAGAAUAACCAACACAGAAACAAGCCACUGUGAGGAAGUGGUCAAUGAAGAUCAGAUUUAUGAAACCUUGUGGGUGAGCAAGAAGCAAGUAUUGGGGAGAAAAGAAAGUUCUACAGAUGAUUUUUCUGUGACAGAUGAAUGGGAUAAUGACACAAGUCUAACAAUUGUUAAUCAUAGAACAGUUGAACCGGAUCCAGACACUAACAUACCAACCAUACCAAAACAAAGUAUUAGUGGUCGGGAAAGUUGGGGUGAAUACGCUUAUCUUGAUCCUAAUUCUGAUUAUGUUUCUCCCCCUCCCCAUUACCCCCCUCCCCCCUUACCUUCAUCAUCAGAUUACAUUGGAAUGCCUUCAGCGCUUCCACCUCCAUUACCCACUAUGCCACCACCACCACCAUCGUCUCAUAAAACUGUGACUUCACCAGAUCUGACCCCUGUAAACGCUCCUCCUGUUCCACCUCGCCCCAAAGCUGAAGGUAGUAGCAGUAAAUCUAGCAGCCCAGUUCCUCCCCCUAUAAAACGUGAUCGACCAGUACCACAAUCCAAAAAACUUGAAACAAACACUGUAAACAAGCGAAGCAGUCCAAUACCCCCGCCUUUAACGUUAGCAGGCAACAGUGACAGCCCCCCACCCCAGGCCUGCCAAGCAACUUCUGGAGAGGAUUAUAUUGCGCAUGAUCCAAUCGAAAGACAAGAGUCGGAUGUGUUCAAAGGUUUACCGACUCCUAAACAGGAUCUGUUUCAAGAUGAUCCUUUUAAAUAUUCCGAUUUUGCUACAGAAUGUUAUCAGUUUAAUAAAUUUGAGGGACCACAAGCAUCCACAGGAAUGACAGAUUUGCCUUUAGAGACAGACAUAGAUGCAAAUGGGGACAAUAAUGUAUAUUUAGUUUGUGACAAAGGCACAGAAAGAAACGAUAGUGAUAAUGUGUCAGAUCAAUCAGCAGAAUGGUUCAACAGAGUCUCAUUAAGUAAUAUCCCCCCACCUCCCACUACCAGUAGAAAGAGGAAUGUCCAGUCCAACGAUGAUGAAUCAGAUUAUGUCAAAGCGAAAGCUUUUGCUCAAGAAACAAGUUUUUCUGAUUUAAGUGAUACUGAUUCAGAAGAACCAUACAAUAAUACUAGUAAUGCUAGUAAUAAUCAGAGAGUUCCAAUUAUAACAAGAAGUCUUUCAUCACCCAAGAAUGAUCGAUUUGGAUAUUUAUAUAAACAAGGGGGAGUGAAGGCUAACAAGGGUUGGAGAAAACGUUGGGUUGUGUUCAAUGGAAGAGAUUUAAGAUACUAUGUUAAUAAUAAGAGUCAGAUAUCUAAGCGGAUCAUACCAUUAGCCUGUAUGACAGAUGUUGUCAAUGAUGUUAAGACAGAGGAUACAUCCAGAUUUAAAUUUAAACUGAUCACAACUUUAAAAGACAGAGUUUUCCAUUUUGCAGCUGAUGAAUUAGAUGAUUGUUUGACUUGGAGUCAAACUAUUAUGGCAGCCAUUUAUCAGAAAAAUGGAGGGACUAAUUCAAGUGAAGAUCUUGGAAUACGAAAAUCUGAUAAAGAAGGAUUUAUCAAGUUUGAAAAUGGAGGUGGUAGAAAAUAUUUUGUAUCUAUCAGUGAUAGCAGGUUGUGUUAUUUCCAUAAUAGAGAUGAUUAUUUAUUGAAUUCUCCAAUACAUGAGAUAAUGAUGGAGUUGGCGUCUGUUAAAAAUGCCUCCGUCGGUAAAAAUAGAUUACAGUUAUCAACACAUUACGGACAUUUCAUAUUAUCAUUUGAAAAUGCUACAGAGUGCCAACAGUGGAAAAUGGCUAUGGAGGAAGCUAUAGCAGAAGGUUUAGCUGAUGAUAGUGUUUUAGAGAAAGUUUAUGAAAAUGAAAGUAAUAAAAUCUGUGCUGAUUGUGAAGCUGAAGAACCACACUGGGCAUCUAUAAAUUUGGGCAUCGUUGUUUGUAAAAAUUGUGCAGGUAUACACAGAAUGUUUGACGUUGCGAUCUCUAAAAUACGAUCUUUACGAAUGGACACAAGAGUGUGGACACCUAGUCUUAUAGAGCUAAUGAAAGCUAUUGGAAAUGCUAAUGCCAACAGUUUUUGGGAAAGUGAUCUUUUACCUGAACAAAAAAUAGACAAAGAUUCAUCUACAGAACAGCGGAAACAUUUUAUACAAAAUAAAUAUAGACAUAAACGCCAUUGUCAACUUCAUCAAGCACAUCAAGAUGUUGACAUACUUAAUCAGGAAUUAUUAAAAUCGGCUGGAUCUGAUAAUGUGCUGGAUACCAUGGCAAUCGUUUUUUCAGGGGCAGAUGUGUUAUAUCAUCUACCUGGACAUGAAGAUACAGCUUAUGUGAUAGCCAAGCGAGCAGGUGAAAGAUUACAAGUGGAAUUUCUUUAUCAGAAUUUUGGUGAUGAAUCCACAUCAGCAUCAGAAGAUGAUGGAAGAUUACGAGAGGAUGUACGACAUCAGGGAUAUUUACUAAAAACAGGUCCCAAUUUUAAAGGUUUUGAUAAACGAUGGUGUAUUUUAGAACAUGGAGCUUUAACUUAUUAUGAUGCAGAAAAGCAUCAAGUAUUCAAUAGUACGACAGCUAAAGACAGUAUUGAAAGAAAAUCUAUUUAUUGUUUACGUACUACAGUAAUGGAAAAACAACCAGCAGCGUUUGAAAUAAGUACAAGUAAAAACAACCAGAGAAUUUAUUUAUUUGCUGCUGACAAUGAAAGAGAACGGAUCUUCUGGUUACAAGCUUUAUCGAAGCUGAUAUGUCCUGUAGUUGUUAUGGAUCAUGUUGGUAUGAUGGAGUUCAGUUUAGCUGGUAAUUUCUAUAUGAAAGAUUCAGUAGCAGAAGAAUGGAGAAAAACUUGGGUUAUGUUGAAUGGAAGAAAUUUUUUUUAUUUAACUAAGGAAACAAAGUUAGAGAGUGUAGAUCUCCGAAAAGCCAGUAGUAUCAAACAUCAGAGUAGUGAGACAGGUUGUAGUAAAUGUACAGAAGUCGGCUACCACUUUGUUGUCAAUGCGCCUGGCAGGGCAUUAUAUAUACAGGCCGAUUUAAGUCGUGAUACAGAGAAAUUAAGGAAUAUUAUUGAGAAUGCCAUAAAGGGAAGUGGCAUAACAUUAGAAGAUCAGCAGUUAACGUCUGAUAAUGUUCCGGUUAUUGUUGAUAGAUGUAUAAAUUAUAUAACAAAUAAUGGGUUAAGAACAAGAGGUAUUUAUAGAGAAAGUGCUACAAAUUCUAGAGUUCAGUUAUUAUUACAAGAACUUAGAAAUGAUCCUCGCAGUGUAAGAUUGGAAGAAUACACAGAUCACGAAGUAGCAAAUGCCCUCAAGAGAUUUUUCCGUGGUUUAACUGCAUCAGUAUUCACACAAGAUUACAAGGAAUGGAUAAAAACUUCAGUGAUAAGUGAUUUAAAUAAUAAAUUAGCCUGGUAUGGUUAUCUGUUGGACCAAAUGCCUGAAAUAAAUUAUAGUACACUUAAAAAACUUGUACUACAUUUACGAAAAAUUGGACAGUAUACAGCAGAUAACGCCAUGACUGUGGAGAAUCUGGCUACAUGUUUCGCUCCUUCUUUACUCAUACCAGAUGAAAAUGAGCCACGUAUGAAUAUACAGACAUCUCUGCCAUGUCAGUUAUCUAUAUUGAUGGAUAUUAUCACACAUCACGACAAUUUAUUCAGGUUAGAUCAAGAAAAGUCAAUUGAGGACAAAAUGGAAGAAGCAGAAAAAAAGAUAAAUGAAAUACAGUCAAGUCCGAGAAUAUCAAAGACAUUGAUGUCAUCUGAUAGUUUAUUAAUACCUAUUUCUAUGUUUGAUAUUUCUGCCCAGUGUGAAAUGGUUACAGUUACAAGUCGUAAUACAGCAUCUGAAGUUAUUGAUUAUUUUCUCUCUAAAAGAAAAGUCAGUCAAAGACAAAUUAAUAUACAUGAAAUAUUGUUUAAAGGUCAAUUAGAGAGGCCGUUACAUUGGACAAAUCCAGUUUAUGAAGAUGUAUGUAGAUGGGGAGACUGGUCAGAAGAUGUGAGGAAAGGGGUGUGUCUUUGUUUAAAACCAACAGAAUUAAUAGAAAAAAUAGCAUCAUAUUAUGAUCCAAGUAAAUAUUUGUUAUCUGAUCUAAAGUGUAGUGAAAAGAAAAGUUUUAAAAAAUAUACAUUUGAUUUUAAACAAUCUAAGUUUUCGUGUUACAAAGAUUCGAAGGCUUCUAACUGUUUAUGGUGUUUUAACGCAGAAGAUAUGAUUAUAUACUUAGGUGUUGACCCUAGACGUUCAUCUAUUCCAUCCAAAUAUGGUUUUACUUUUAUAAUAAGAGGUGAAAAACCAGCCAAGAAAGAAAGUGGAUAUUUUGGUAGAAGUGUUUGUUUCCCUUCUCAAAAUGAUUUAUAUACGUGGGUGGCAGCUUUACUUAUGGCUAAGUAUCCUGAAGGUUUAGUGCCAGUAUAAAUAUAUAUACAGGUUUAUACAAUAAUAUAGUGAUAAAGUUGAUGCUGGUAUUAAGGGUUUCCAUUAUUCAUCACAGAUUGCCCCUUGCUAAAAGAUAUGUAUUGAAGGAGACUAAACAUUUUUAAAUAUGAUGAUAUUUAUAACAACCGACAUCUGGUCUAAUUCAAUAUAAUUUGGACAGUAGUUGCUGAAAUGUUUACAAUUGGUACAUGAACAUUAUUUUGAGAUUGUCUGCUAGCAAUAAGAUGGGUAGCGUUGUUUCUUAACCAUCAGCACCAGCUGAACACCAUAGUCAGGAUAUCUGCAUACUUAAUACUACAGGCCUAGAACAACUCAACUUCACCCAGAUAUGGAAUCUUAUAAGCCACCUAUCACUAACAUUGACAUUUGCUUGUUUCUGUGUUUUUACUGGUGCAGUGUUAACAAAUGUAGUGUAUAACUUCAGUUGUGUCUAUCUGUUGUAAGGUACAACCAAAUACUAAUUCUACCCCUGGCUGUAAUAUAAUCUAGAUUUGUGCAAUGACAUUCCUUUUAUUAUGGCAUCCAUUAUUUUCUGAAAGUUCCUUGGUGCGUUUAUCAUUCCAAAUGACUUAACUCAGAAUUUUGACAUGCUGUGCUGAUCUUUAUCUUUAGGGUUACCAUGUUUUUUUUCAAUUAUUAUGGUGUAGAAACUAAAGAGAAUAGGCAUAAUGACAUUGUUAUAUAUAACUAUUCAUGUGUUGUGGCCUCCUUAUUCAAUCAUUCCUGAUUAUAUUUUUGGACCAAGAAAUGGGCCCCAAGCGUUACUCCUUGUUGUUCUUAUUGUUUAACAGUCUAAGUACAAUCAAUAUGAAACUUGUGCAUGCUUGUUCCUUGGACAAAUGUGCAUAGAUAGUUGGACAGACUUUGAUUCUAUGUUGGUUGCAGUGAGGUCAUACCUGGUCCAUAGUACGCUUAUAUGUGUUGUUAAUAUUUCAACCCCACGGAAGAAAGGGAUUUUAUAACCACAUAAAGUCUGUAUAUAACUUUUUAUUUUAUAUUUGAAAAGAACCAUUUCCUACAUAUCCUAGGAUGACUCAAGAAUAUUUAAAUUUGUUAAAUUGAAAUCAUUCAUGUGUAGAUAGAAGACUCCGUUGAAUUUAUGUGUGUAAAUCAUGAUGCUACUUAACUGAUAAGAUUUUCUCACCAUCUUGCAUAUAACUUGCACUUCUAUCACAGAUAGAUCUACCACGAUUGAUAUUAAAAGAAUUAUGCAAUGAUUUAUAUUUUAUAACUCACACCAGUUUUAGCCAUCAAAAUGAAGAUCACAAAAGUUAUUUGAAAGAGAAUAGCUCCAUUCCAUGACAAUUAUGAAGUGCUGCAAAUGUAUUUAGUUUAUUUAUAAACUUUAUAAUACAAGUCUGAUUUACCUAAUAUACUGUUAUAUCUUUAUAAUACAAGUCUGAUUUACCUAAUACACUGUUAUAUCUUUAUAAUACAAGUCUGAUUUACCUAAUAUACUGUUACAUCUAUAUUGAAAUGAUUAUAUUGGUAAUAUUUUAUUUUGGAUGAAUUUAUUCAUAUUUUAUUUUUCAAAAAUUAUUUAUUGAAGUGUAAAUAAAUUAUUUCAAAUUAAAAUAGAGAUGUGACAUCAUCCUUUUAGCAACGUGCCAAGAGUACAUUAUUUAAACUAGAUUAAAUAUUGGUCUUGUGUGCGGGAUAGUGUCUGUAUUAUAAUUUGUUUAGUGAUCGAGAGCAGUAUCAAUAUAUUAUAUGAAUUCUUUCAAUGGCAUUUAGUAAUUGAACUGGAAAUACCCAGGUCACAAUUCUAUGAAAUACAAUUACUGUUUAUUACUAAGCAACAUUUCAACUAGAAUUCUCUAGUUUUUAUCGAACACUUAUGAGAAAUUUUGAUUUAUGAACUUAGAGAAACCGUAAAUUAAAGGCAUCCCAAUUGAAAGAUUACUUAGAACAAUCUAUUUUGUGAUAUUUUAUUUGUAAUAAAUUUCUAUAAUACAUUUUACUCUUGUUAUGGAAUGAUUCUCUAGAAUCUGUUUUAGUACUAUAAAUGUUUUUAAACGCUCCCAUUGACAUGUGGUCAUAUAUUUCCCGUCCUUCACAAUAUCUUGUGAACACUGCAAAGACUACGUUUAUCAUCUGAUUUUUGUUUAGUCUUUUAUGUUAUUCAAAUUAAUGAGACAAAGUAGGCUAUUGAAUUUCAGAAAUGUCUGAUAAUAACUGUUGUAAGUGUUAUUGUCUAUUGUCAAAACUUGUAAACACUUUUAAUGACAAAAGUUAUUAUCUGAUCUGUUUGAAAUUUAUAUGCAUUGUUCAGAUUAAACAAAGAAGUUGUUGAAUUUCCAUUAAUGAAUAGCUAUACUUAAACCCCUUUGUCACUUCGUAAAAUCUUGUGAAGGCUCUAGUGACCAAAUUAUCAUCCGAUUAAUAUUUAUAUGGAUUGUUUGUGGCCCUUAUUCACUUUGUAAAAUCUUGUGAACACUCUUAUAAAAUUGAUAUACAUUGUUCAGAUUGGAGAAACUAAAAAUCCUAUCAAAAAUAUCUCUUUAUUACAUUUCGGGUUAUAUCCCUUGAUCACUUUAUAUAAACUUAAAAACGCUUCAACAGCGUAAGUCAUCAUCUCACCUACUUCAAAUCUGUUUUUGUUUCGUUUAUUGCGAUGAAUAACAAUUACAACAAUUGAUGAUUAUUUCUUACAGAGUUAUUAUCCUUGAUUAUAUCAUUGUAUCCUGUCAAUGAGCUAGUGAUAUUAUAUAGUAUAAAGAUGUUGUUUUGUAUUUACUUAAAGAUACACUGUGUGAUAACCUUCAUGGACUGCUUGGAUGGGUUAACUGUUGUGGACGUAUGUUUCGUUGCCUGGCAACAUAUCUGUUGUUAUAAUAUAAACAUGAUUAUUUUAUUGGAAUGUUUUUAUUAUUAUAAUAUAAACAUAUUUAUAUUAAUUGGAAUGUUUAUAUGAUGAAAAUAUAAACACAAUUUAUCAUGAUAAAUAUUUUUUUAUUGAUUGAAAUAAAGUUCAAAAUGUUAAAGGUUCAAUCAUUUAAUACACAAAUAUUUAUUUUUGGACUAACUGUAAACUAGAAGUAACCAUUUUUAUCUGAUAAUAUUUAAAAUGAUCUUGAGUGUUUAAAAUGUUUGCUCAACUCUGCUUUUACUCAAUUUUCAAUCCCUUGGCACUCAAGCCAAAUUUACAAUUAAUAAAAAAUUAUCAAUAUUUCCUUUUGAACACAGCUUCAAAAAACGUAGGGCUGUUCCACAUAUUGUAUUUUAUAUAAAGGGAAAGUUACAAAUACAUAAAGUCUUUAAGGGAUUGAGGAAUCCCUUGCAAAUUACUCUGAAAUUUGAACUCUUAAAAUGAUUCUAUUCCAUUCAGUAUUUACAAAGAUAUGAUGAAUUAAAAAUUUGUCAACGUUUGGCAUCGUCUUUUUAAUCUCAUGGAAACCCAAUCAGUAUAAUAUCUAUUUUUUAGCUUACUUAUUAUAUUGUACUUGAAAGUUUGAUUUAUGUGUAUGUUAGUUGUGCAUGUGCUUUGUGAAACGGGACCCUGGACAGAAAAAUGAUUUGUAUACAUUACUUCAAAAAUAUUUGUUUUCUUUGCAUUAAUUUCAUUUUUUAGUGACAGGUGGGGUGAGGGGUCAAAUGUGGUCAUUGGAGCACACCAUUUCAAUUCCCCAAUGUGUGUGACCAUGGACUUUAUAAGGUCCAUGGUGUGACAAGGAGUAGGGUCGUCCGUCCAACCUUAUAGGUUUUGUACGGGUCCUCAGGUUUCCUCCUACUGCUAAAGACACCUCAUGUUAAAUAAAUAAUUCAAAGUGGUAGUGUAUUGGGGAUUCGACAUGACCCACUUCGUCCCUCUCAAAAUAUUAACAAAAUUUGCAAUAAAACAAAGAACUUACAAAGAAAUUAUAUCCCAAGUUUUACAGGCGUAUAUACAAAUCAUUCUAAAUUCUAAGUUGUGUAUCAUUUAUUAGUGAUAUAAUAUAAAUGAUAUUUUCCUGACAGAAGGCCAACAAAAUUCUUUUUUAGAUGGUAAUUUUGACAAAGCAAAAUAUGUAGGUAUUGAUGAAUACAAAUCAAAUAUAUUUUAAAAGCUUAAAGUAAUGUAAAGAUGAUGAUAUGGAAUCAACCAGUGAAUUUAAUGCAAACCUCAAAUGGCUGUUAUUGAUCUGGAACUCUAUAUUUGAUUUUUAUUCUGGCAUUUUGUCCCUUUAAUUACAUUACAUUGAUUUUAGAAUCAUUAGUACUAUAUUGGUAAUAACACAACAGUCAUUAUAGAAUAUAAUGGUACUAUAUGUUACAGUUAAUACAUCUUUAUAAAACAUAGUUAUAAUGCAUCUUGAUGACUAUGAGAAGCUAAUUUGAUUUCUUAAUUAUGAUCAUCCCCUGACAAACACAAUAUUAUAACUAUAAAUGAUAUACCACAAUAAUAACAUAAUUACAGGUAAUACGUCACUCUAGAUUUUUAAUCUAAUGCAAAUAUGCACCAUGUAUGGAUUGCAUAUAGAGACUAAUUAAUUACAAAAUAUUUAUUUAAUUGCUUUUGGAUGAGUUUAGCCAUUCUAUUAUUGUUUUAUCAUAAUAUUGUAUAAAAAUAAUUGAUUUAAAAUGUGUGUAUAUAUUUGUAAUAAAAUGAUGUAUAUAGUAUUAAA